GAAGCUUCGCUGCCGCUUUCUGGAUGCCUGGAAUUGCGACUCUCAACAACUUCGUCUCAAGGCCGUUUCUGAAAUGCGAAAGCGUUUCCCAGAUGCGCAACUCUUCCUUUGGCAAACUUCUUUUCCGUCUGAUGCUUUGGAACAACUUAACAAGCCACUGGCAUCAGUAAGCGCAACGCCAGCAGCGACACUAAGGAUUGGCUCUGUCACAUUGACUAUGAACUUACGUCUCUUCACAGUUUCGGAGAGUUUUUUUGAUCCAGUACAUCCGCUUCGGCGCUUGCUGUUGAAACUGGAUCUUCAAGUUCAGCAAGGCUCCAUUUUGUGGCCUGCUGGCGCUCCUGGCCCGCCAGAAUCUCGAUAUCUCUGCGGGGAAGGUCAUAGAUGGGCUUGCGUUUGUCGUGAUGCAGACCUCAGAGAUGACGGGCCUGCACUUCCUCUUUUCUGCAGUCUGAAGGAUGUCAACUCGCACAGUACCCUCAAAGCACCUACACACACAUGAAGGAAAAAGGCGCCACAGAGCAUAUUCUUGUGUGAUUUCUUGUGUGUAGCUACAUUCAGCUAGCAGCUAGCUAGAUUACAGUUGAUUGUCACAAAGCUGUAUAUAUAUAUAUGAUAUAGCAACCGAUGACAGAUAUAAUUAGCCUUUUCAGAGUCUUUGCAAAUGCAAAGCACCUUAGAGUGGUCCCAUUUAUAUAAGGGAUUUGGAUACGACAUGAGCUGACAACCUGUACCCUACCUCUUUGGGGGAGUGGUUCAUAGAUUCUAUCCUAGGCUAUUUGCGGCCGGCUUGGCGAGAUCCGCGCGUCUUGUUGCACAAAGAGCGACCUUUGGUGCACAGGUGUCAAGAGCUCAAUGGAGAACUUCUGCCACCCUUGGGCCCUCUACGUGUUGUUCUAGCAGUAUACCGUGCAGAUGACGAUGAAGGGCCGGAUGAACCGUGAUUAAUGCAAAGAAAUAGAGCUCCUGCCAGCUCCCACCCUCAGGCUGUGGACAGUAGUUAGUCUGACUGAAGACUCGGCGUAGAAGAGAGUUUGACCAGAAGCAGCAAACUCCACUUGCUCAACAAUGAUUCGUGUCCUCUUGGCAAAGAUCCAAUGCAGCGACGCUUCUUUAGUGAAAGGGAGAGAUGGGGAGAAGGUCGGGCACGAAGACCAACAUUUAUG